AAAGUACUUUCACGUCUCCUUAAUAAUCCAUUGUCAUAAACGAGGUAUAAUAUAUAUCUACAUGAUUAUUGAGAAGAGUUCCUUAUUAACUGUGACAGGCAGGGUCACAGAGAUUUCCCACCAUGGAAAAAGGGUUGUUGAUAAAGGAAACAGAGAAGGAGAACAGAGAAGAAGGUGGUUAUCAACGAUAUGGUGGGUUUGUUGGAGAAGUGAAGAGGUUGGGUUACAUAGCAGGGCCUAUGGUGGCCGUGAAUCUGUCACAGUACUUUCUGCAGAUCAUUUCGAUCAUGAUGGUUGGUCAUUUGGGUCAGCUCUCUCUUUCCAGCACUGCUAUUGCCAUCUCCUUCUGUGCCGUCUCCGGCUUCAGUCUUAUUUUCGGGAUGGCCUGUGCACUCGAAACUCUCUCCGGGCAAGCAUAUGGAGCUCAGCAGUAUCGACAGCUAGGACUUCAUAUAAGUACUGCUAUCUUCUCUCUAAUGCUAGUUUGUCUCCCUCUGUCUCUUGUGUGGAUCUACAUGGAGAAGAUACUAAUGUUGUUGGGCCAAGACCCUCUAAUUUCGCAUGAAGCGGGUAAGUUUGCAAGGAUGCUCUUACCUGCACUCUAUGCUUAUGCAGCUCUUCAGCCACUUUGUAAAUAUCUCCAGACACAAAGCUUAAUCGUUCCCUUGCUUUUAAGCUCUUGUGCCUCUGUGUGUUUCCAUGUACUUGUCUGCUGGGUUUUGGUGUUCAAGUCUGGACUAGGAAACCUUGGAGCAGCUUUAGCCAUUGGUAUGUCUUAUUGGUUGAAUGUGGUUCUGCUCGUACUAUAUGUGAAGUACUCCAGCGCCUGUGCACAUACCAGGGUUCAAAUUUCUUUUGAAGUAUUUCAAGGCAUUGGAGAGUUCUUACGUUUUGCUAUUCCAUCUGCUGUAAUGAUUUGCCUUGAAUGGUGGUCAUUUGAGCUCCUUACCUUGAUGGCUGGUUUUCUACCAAAUCCGGAGCUUGAAACUUCUGUUCUAUCUGUUUGUUUGUCAACUAUCUCAUCACUGUAUACAAUUCCAGAAGCACUUGGUGCCGCAGUAAGUACUAGAGUUUCAAAUGAACUUGGAGCUGGGAAUCCACAAGCAGCUCGAUUAGCUGUUGUUGCUUCUAUGUUCCUAACCGUCUCAGAGUCAGUCAUUAUAAGCUCAACCGUCUUUGCUAGUCGAUCUGUUUUUGGCUACGUUUUCAGCAAUGAGAAGGAAGUUGUGGAUUAUGUCACUUCCAUUGCUCCUCUGGUUUGUCUAUCAGUUAUAACAGACAGCUUACAUGCUGUUCUUUCUGGUAUUGCUAGGGGAUCUGGUUGGCAGGACUUGGCAAUGUUCGUCAACCUCGGAGCUUACUAUCUUGUUGGGAUUCCGGUUGCUGCCACAUUGGGUUUCUGGUUCGACUUCAGAGGAAGAGGCCUUUGGAUUGGAAUACUAGUCGGUUCUUUUCUGCAAGCAGCCCUUUAUUCUAUCAUAACAAGUUGUACGAACUGGGAAGAAAAGGCAAAGAAGGCGAGGGAGAGGAUAUUUGAGGAAACAGCUUUAGUAAGAUAGCAGCAUUUCCUUUGUUUUUUCAGCACCUAAGCUUCUGUGAUACAGGUGAUGCUUUAGGGAGCAUGCAAAAUUAUUGCCAAUUGACAUUCAGAGAUUGCAUUGAAGCAUAGAAGUAUCUCUUUCGGCACCUUUAUCGAUCUGACACCUACUAAUCUGGUUGAGAUACACACAUUGGUGAAGUUUUUGGGUUGAUAUGACACAUAAGGGGAUUAAGUACUCAAUACAUUGCUCCUUCUUCUGUUGCAUGACUUGCAUCCCUUUCUCCUUGAGGUGGACAUGGGCAUCAUGUAAUUUUGUAAGCCUCAGUGGUCAACUGAAGGAAAAUUAGUCAAGUAUUUUUUUUUUUUUUUUCUCUUCAAUGCUUAGAUCAAAACUGGGAGUUCGAACUUGAUUAAUACGAGUCGCAGCUAGCCAACUGAUUUGGCUCUUUCAAGUUUUAA